AUGAAACUAUAUGUCUCCUUCCCAGCCACUGGCUGCCAGAAACUCAUUGAAGUGGACAGUUAAUGCAAACCUCGUACUAUUUAUGAGAAGCACAUGGCUACAGAAGUUGCAACUGAUGCUCUGGGUGAAGAAUGGAAAGAUUAUGUGGUCUGAAUCAGUGGUGGGAAUGACAAGCAAGGUUUCUCCAUGAAUCAGGAUGUCUUGACCCGGGAUCAUGUCUGCCUGCUACUGAGUAAGGGGCAUUCCUGUCAUAAACCAAGGAGAACUGGAGAAAGAAAGCACAUAUUUUUGGGUUGCAUUGUGGCUGCUAAUCUGAAUGUUCUCAACUUGGUUAUUGUGAAUAAAAGAGAGAAGUAUAUUCCUGGACUGACUAAUACCAUGGUGCGUCAUCAUCUGGGGCCCAAAAGAGCUAGCAGAAUCUGUAAACUUUUCAAUCUCUCUAAAGAAGAUGAUGCCCACCGAUAUUUUGUAAGAAAGCCCUUAAACAAAGAAGGUAAGAAACCUAGGACCAAAGCACCCAAGAUUCAGUGUCUUAUUAUUCUACAUGUCUUGCAACACAAACGCCAGUGUAUUGCUCUGAAGAAACUUUCCAAGAAAAAUAAGGAAGAGGCCUCAGUAUAUGCUAAACUUUUGGCCCAGAGAAUGAAGGCUGUUGCAAAGAAGGUUCAUAGUACAAUCCAGAAAAUUAAGAAGGAGGGGAAGAUGUCUGAGUGCUUGUUAAAAACUUUGCUAAACUGUAAAACUUUUGAAGAACUAGAACAUGUGUCUGCUCCAUAUAAAACUGGGAGCAAAGGCACUAAAGCCCAGAGAGCAAAACAGUUGGGAUUAGAAGGAGCAGCCAGGACACUGCUUGAGAAUCCAGGGGUGCUCAAUCUGCUCUCUUAUGUUAGACCUGAUGUUAAAGGGCUUUCAACACUCCAGGAUAUUGAAAUAGGAGUGCAGCAUAUUUUAGCAGACAUGAUUGCUAAAGACAAAGACACGCUUGAUUUCAUUCGGAAAUUGUGGAGACCACGUGGCUUUGCAAGGCCAGAGUUAAUGAAGAUCUUACAUAAUUCACUGGACGAUUCCUUUAAACGCCUUAUUUAUCCUCUUCUCUGUAGAGAGUUCAGAGCCAAACUAACAUCAGAUGCAGAGAAGGAAUCAGUAAUGAUGUUUGGACGGAACCUUCGUCAGCUCCUUUUAACAAGCCCUGUUCCAGGACGCACCUUAAUGGGAGUGGAUCCUGGUUAUAAACAUGGUUGCAAAUUAGCUAUAAUUUCUCCUACCAGUCAGAUACUUCAUACCGAUGUGGUUUACUUGCAUUGUGGACAAGGCUUCCGAGAGGCAGAGAAAAUAAAGAGGCUUUUGCUGAAUUUCAACUGCAGCACAGUGGUGAUUGGAAAUGGAACUGCUUGCAGGGAAACAGAAGCUUACUUUGCUGACCUGAUAAUGAAAAAUUACUUCGCACCAUUGGAUGUUGUUUACUGUAUCAUCAGUGAAGCGGGAGCAUCAAUCUACAGUGUCAGCCCUGAAGCUAACAAAGAGAUGCCUGGACUGGACCCUAAUUUGAGAAGUGCCGAUCAUUUGAUGAUGUUAGAGAAUGAAAUGGUUGUCCAAAAUAAGUUUUUGGAACUCUUAGUGGAUUCUAUAUCCAGGCCAUCUUUAUUCCUCAUUAUUGUGGAUAAUGAGUAG